AUGGAUGGUUCGUCUUGUCCUCCCCUGGAUGCAGUGGAGUUAAGGGCAAUUAGUGAGACCUUGACAGUAAAGGAAGUCAAGAAGCUAUUGAAAGACUUACAGGUCGACGUGAGCAGCUGUAUCGAAAAGUCGGAGCUCCUCACAGCAUUGGUGGAUCGGCUAGAGAACGACGAAAAAAAGAAGACUUCUCUCUUUUCUUACUGCAGGAUUUGCUGUAACUGGCGUUUGGAUGACGAUGUGUGGCCUCUGACUUGCGGUCAUCUAGUAUGUUUCCCGUGCUUGGGGAAUCACCUUGAAUCUCAAGUGCAGGUGAUGAGGUCUUCAUUGAAAUACAAAUUGCCAUGCAUCUACGCCCCUGCUUGUGACCAUGAGAUUCGAUUUCAAGACGCCGCAUCCAUGUCUGAAGCGUUUCGGAGAAUCUGGAAAGACUUACAGCACCGUGAACGGCUGAUCAAGGAUGCAAAAUUUGAGGUCUUAGAAUGUCCCAAGGCAGACUGUGUUGGGGUUGCAUAUAAUGAACGUGGCAGACGUAUGGCCAUGUGUUUCUUAUGUGAGCAUACUUGGGAAGCAAACCCAUCUGGGCAUGAAAAGGAAUGGGAGAAACCUGGCUUCGAUGGUGACCGGGUACGUCGAUGCCCAAAAUGCCAAGCACCGAUUGAAAAGAAUGGAGGCUGCGAUCACAUGAGUUGCACGCGGUGUGGUCGCCAUUUCGAUUGGGCAUCCAGUCAGCCAGCUGGAGAAAGAAGAAAUGGGCCUUCUCAGCAACGAAGUCAGCCAAAUGGAGGCAAUGGCAGUUUCGACUUCGGAAACUUUGCGGAUUUCUUUGGGAAUCAACAGCAAGAUGCCGGUGCCCCUUUCCAGGGUUGGCAAGCACAUGUUGAGAACGCAGCAAACCAGGUAUUCAACGCAGCAAAUGUUGCUGCUCACCAUGCUCAGCACUUUGCAGCUCAUGCUGCAAAUGCUGCCCAGGCUGCCCACGCCGCUCACGCUGCCCAUGCUGCCCAUGCUGCCCACGCUGCUAAUGGGAACGCACCAUUUAACUUUACAGCUGGAGCCACUCGAGAAACUCGAGGUGGUCAGGGCAAUCGCGGUGCGACCCAGCAGGAGUCGGUGCUCAGCUUGCUUGAAGAGCAGGAAAACCAGUUGCAAUGUGCUGCCCUGCAGCGCUUGAAUGAGGUGGUCGACCAGUUCUGGCAUGAAAUCGCAGACUACCUCAAUGAAAUAGAAACUCUCUACGAGGAUCCGGGCUUUUCUGGUCGUGAGAUGGCUGCACUUGUGGCUUCAAAGGUCUUCUACCAUUUGGAAGAGUACGACGAUGCCCUAAGAUUGGCCUUGGGGGCAGGACAGCUCUUCGAUUUGUCACAACGUACCGAGUACGUGGAGAAGAUUGUUGCAGUGGCCAUCGAUCAAUAUGUCAAGCUGAGAGGGGAUAAUUUCGAGUUAGAGAUGAAAAAGAAGGAUCCGGUGCCAAUUGACUCCAGACUCGAAGAUGUAGUGAAUCGCAUGUUUCUGCGAUGCCUGGAGGACAAGGCCUACAAGCAGGGUUUGGGCAUGGCAUUGGAGACUCGGCGGAUUGACAAGGUGACUGAAUUCAUCAUGAAGAGUGAGAACUUGUCGGAGAUGUUGGAGUACGCGCAACUCAGCGCCAUGACUCUCCUCACAUCCAAAGCUUUCAGGGAGCGCGUCCUGCAGGCGCUGGUGGAUAUCCACAUCUCUGUGAAGGAUGUGAAUCUCAGCGCUCUUGCACAGUGCUACUUCAUUCUGGGGGAGCCUGAAGAGGUGGCCAAGAUCCUGAAGGAUCUUCUGGCGCGUGGGGAGAAGGAUGGGCGAUUGCUCGCAUAUCAGAUCGGCUUUGAUGUGGUUGACAACGAGAGCCAGCACUUCUGCAACGCACUGCUAUCUUCGCCUUUGCUGAAGAUCAAGGAGCCUGCGCCUCCUCCAGCAGCCGUGGAGGGUGCAGAAGCCCCAGAGGCACCCGCGGAACCAGUACAGGAAGGGCCAGAGAUGUCGGAGCAGGAGAAGGAAGACUUGACUCUCCUGCGAAAGAUUCUAUCAGGACGAUCCUCUAUUGACUUGCAGAUGGAGUUCCUCUACCGAAACAACCGUUCGGACCUCCUGCUGCUUGACACCAUCAAGAAUUCGAUUGAUGCGAAGAACUCCAUCACCCACAAUGCAACGGUCAUGGCUCAUGGGCUCAUGCAAUGUGGCACCACCAGUGAUGUCUUCCUUCGCAAGAACCUGGAGUGGCUGGCAAAGGCCUCGAACUGGGCCAAGUUCAGCGCCACUGCAUCUCUAGGUGUGAUUCAUAAGGGACACAUCAAGGAGUCCAGGUCAAUUCUAAGCACCUAUUUGCCUCAACAAGGAGGCACCAGAGGAAGUCCUUAUUCGGAAGGUGGUGCCCUCUAUGGAAUGGGCCUGAUUCAUGCGAACCACUACGAUCAGGAUACAAAGGCCUACCUGUUGGAGCAAUUGCACAAUGCCCAGGCAACAGAGGUUCUGCAGCAUGGUGCUUGCUUGGGUAUUGGCCUUCUAUGCAUGGCAACGGCUGACGAGCGUAUCUACGACGAGCUGACGCAAACCCUGUAUACUGACACAGCAGUAGCAGGUGAAGCUGCUGCAUAUGCUAUUGGCCUGGUAAUGGUUGGAUCUGCAUCGCAGAAAGCCAUUGACGAGCUUAGGGCCUAUGCCCACGACACCCAACAUGAAAAGAUCAUCCGGGCUUGUGCGCUUGCACUGGCAAUGAUGAUGUUCCGGAAGGAGGAAGAGGCUGAACCGCUCAUCCAGGAGAUGCUCCUGGACAAGGAUGCCAUUCUUCGCUACGGUGGUUGCUUUGCAAUUGCACUUGCGUAUGUCGGUACUUCGCAGAAUGCUGCCAUCCGGAAGUUGCUGCACAUCUCAGUGUCAGAUGUGUCGGAUGACGUGCGGCGAGCAGCAGUGAUGGCGUUGGGCUUUGUCAUGUGCAACGUGCCCGAGCAGCUGCCUGGAGUGGUGAAACUGCUUGCGGAGAGCUACAACCCACACGUGCGCUAUGCUGCUGCAAUGGCACUGGGAAUUGCGUGUGCCGGUACUGCACUUCUAGAGGCGCACAAUCUUCUUCAACCGCUGAUGUCCGACCCGUCCGACUUCGUGAGGCAAGGAGCAAUCCUCGCAAUGGGCCUGCUGUACAUGCAGACCUCUCCGGGAAAGACUGAGCGCGUCAAGGAGUUCAGGGACAAACUGCAGAAAGUCAUCGGAGACAAGCACGAAGAUGUGAUGACGCGUUUUGGAGCUAUUCUUGCACAUGGCAUCAUGGAUGCUGGUGGCCGCAACUCCUGUGCAUCAUUGUUUUCGAAGUCUGGGGUGCUGCGUCGUGGGGCAGCCAUUGGGUUCUGUUUGUUCACCCAGAUGUGGUACUGGUUUCCGUUGAUCCAUAUGUUUUCCUUGACCUUGACGCCAACGGCCUUGAUCGGUAUCACCGACAAACUGAAGAUUCCCAAGAAUUUCUCAGUGAAGAGCGGAGCAAAGCCUUCAAUGUUUGCGUAUCCGGAGCCUCUGCAGCCUCCCAAAAAAGAGGAGACCGCAAAAGCGGCAACUGCAGUGCUUUCCACCGCGGCAAAAGCCAAGCAACUGAAGGAGAAGAAGGAGAAAGAGGCCAACGAGCUCAAAAAGGCAUCGUCCAGUGCUGAUGUGGACAUGGAUGACAAGGCAUCGAUUGGCGGCUCUGUGGCCGAAGGUGCGGCCUCUUCAGUGAGAGGAGCCGAUAUUGUCUCAGUAGCAGCCACCCCAGGAACAACCGUGGUUGGCUCCGCUGCCACAGAAUCUGUGGCCGCCAGCGACCUUGGCAGUGAGAUGAUGGAGGUGGAUGAGCAAGCACCUGUGCCUGAAAAGCCCAAGGAACCAAAAAUUGACGAGGAGAACAAAGCGGAGGCUGAGGCUCCUGAAAAGAAAGAGGAGAAGAAGGAAGAGAAGAAAGAGGAACCAGAACCAACAGAAGAGAUCUUAAGCAAUCCGUGCCGAGUACUGAAAGGGCAGGUGCAAUUCAUCUCGUUCCCAAAGGAGAUUGAAGGCCAGCCUGUGCGGUACAAGCCACUACUGGAGAGCAGAAAACAAGGCUUUCUGCUUCUCCGAGAUCUUCGGCCGGAGGAACCCGAGGAUCUCUUCUUGGAGAACGAGAAGAGGGAAGAAGAUGAAGAGAAGGAGCCUGAUCCUCCGGAGCCAUUCCCAUGGAGUGCAAAUGAGUGA